AUGGCGAUGUUAGCUGUUUCGUUCGCGGUUUCCCGCGUAAAGAAGCUCCCGCCAUUUCUUUUUCCAAAUAGAUUUGAUUCAACAGAUACGAGUUUGACAAAAGAGGACACGUUGAUAUUAUUAAAACCUCCUUCGACGGCUUCGACUAAUUGGAGCAAUAUUAUUAGAGAAGCGGAGAAAGUGGUCGGUUAUCCGACAUCUUUUAUAAAUUUACGACAGUGCCUACAAAGUGAUGACUUAGCGAAUUUAACUGUUUAUUUGAAGAAAUUGAUAGGUAAUAACCACUUUCAACCGCAAACAGUGAAGAAAAUCCUUUACGGCGACUCCAAGAACCUGCAGCCGUGGGGGCUGAUCAUCCUGCUGCUGUGCAAAACGGUGAGGAGCAACUCCCCGCAGCCACAACUGGACAAGAUCGAGGAACACCAGCGGCAGCUCGCCGAGGUCACCGAGAUGAUACGCGCUGGACACUUGAUCCAUAAAGGAAUCAUCAACAUACCGUUCGCAAAGCGAUCCCAAACUUCAGAAACAAUUACAUUCGGUAACAAAAUCGCACUAUUGCUAGGCGACUGCUUGCUGACUACAGCUUCUAGCAUGCUAGCAGACCUACGUAAUUUUGACGUUUAUUACACCAUGCACAGUGCCUUAAAAGACCUAUCUGAAGGAGAAUUCUUCGGAGAAAGAGACGAACAAAACAUGCCUUUGCCAGGAAAGCCUAAAAAGGCAAAAGAAGAUUUAGACAUUCCUUUAGACACUAUGUCGAUAAGCGCCAAUGAUGUGCUCGGGAAGCCCAGGAAGGAAUGGACGGCCAGGUCUGUGUUCAACGGGAUCAGACUCCUGGGCAGGGGCUGUCAGUCUGCGAUGGUGUUAGCCAAACAGAGUCGAGAGACCCAGACGUACGCAUACCAUUUCGGGUGCCACGUCGGUCUCGCGUGGCAAGCUGCCACCGAACUACAGACCCUGACUUCCGACAACAAAGACCAGUUCUGCCUGGCCAGUGCCCCGGUUCUCUUCGCGUUGGAAGACAAUCCUGAUUUAUACAAGAUAAUAGACCAAGGUAAAAAUGACGUGAAAGAUGUGGACUAUGAAGAUUUGAAGUUCAAUAUACUGAAGACAGACGCGGUAGAAAAGACGAAGAUGUUGUAUCAGGAUCACGCGAGGAAAGCCACGGCGUAUGCUGAGAGUAUCGGGCAGAAUGACUCUGUGGAUAUGAUUAAGAAGCUUAUUAAUACCUUUUAACACCUCACACGGUAUGCCCUGUCCUUCCUGUCCUGCCUGCACGCGAAAAGUCUUGAUGCUGGCUACUGACAAUGCUAUUUCCGUAGUCAGAUACUGGGAAGGUAACAUACAGGGUGUUAGUGACAUCGUAACAACCUCAGUGUCCGCCCCAAAAUUCAAGGUAUUUUUUGUUUUUCUUUAAUGAUUUUUAAUUCUAUAGGUACUUUUGCAAUGGACAAUUAUUCCCCUUGAUAUGAACUCAGAAUAAUUAGCUGAUGUGGUUAGGUCAGGUGGCGAA